AUGAGCAUUCUGGCCCCGCUCCCUCUCGUAGACAUGGCCAGUCCAGCCCUAAGCCCAGAUGAUUCAUCUUUGUCAGCAGCCUUGAGCAUCUCCCCCUCAGACUCGGAGAACCUCAGUCCAGAUGAACUGGAGCUGCUCAGCAAGCUGGAGGAGCAGAACAGGCUCCUGGAAGCAGACUCCAAGUCACUGCGAAGUGUUACUGGUUCCUGCAGGACCAGCGUCACCUCCCCGGGGCCACCACCUCUGGACCAGGACAGCUGGGAGCUAUGGGGACGCAUUGUCACCCACUGGGAGGAGUGGACCAGGAGGAAGGAGAAGCUGCUUAAGGAGUUGAUUCGAAAAGGGAUCCCACAUCACUUCAGAGCCAUGGUAUGGCAGAUGUUGUGUAAUGCAACAGAAAUGCCAGUAAAGAAGCAAUAUGCCGACCUGCUGAGAAUGUCCUCGCCCUGUGAGAAGCUGAUCCGCAGAGACAUUGCUCGAACCUAUCCCGAACAUGACUUUUUUAGGGGACAGGACAGCCUAGGGCAAGAGGGGCUGUUCAAUGUCAUGAAGGCAUACUCGCUGAUAGAUCGGGAAGUGGGUUACUGCCAGGGCAGUGCCUUCAUUGUGGGCCUUCUUCUCAUGCAGAUGCCAGAGGAAGAAGCCUUUUGUGUGUUUGUGCGGCUGAUGCAGGAAUAUCGAUUACGGGAACUCUUUAAGCCCAGUAUGGCUGAGCUGGGCCUAUGUAUAUAUCAGCUGGAGUAUAUGUUACAGGACCAGCUCCCAGAGCUGAAUCUACACUUCCGAUCUCACUGUUUCCACACAUCAAUGUAUGCCUCUUCAUGGUUUUUAACCCUGUUUCUCACCACCUUCCCCCUGCCUGUGGCAACACGUAUCUUUGAUAUCUUCAUUUAUGAGGGACUAGAGGUCAUAUUCCGAGUAGGGAUGGCAAUACUGACUGUAAACCAGACAGAGCUCAUGCAGCUGGACAUGGAAGGGAUGUCACAGUAUUUUCAGAAGGUUAUCCCACACCAGUUUGACAGCUGUCCUGAUAAACUGAUCCACAAGGCCUACCAAGUCAAGUACAAUCCAAAGAGAAUGAAGCGACUGGAAAAAGAAUAUGCUGCUAUUAAAAGUAAGGAGAUGGAGGAGCAAAUUGAAAUCAAGAGAUUAAGAACAGAGAAUAGACUUCUGAAGCAACGUAUUGAAACUCUAGAAAAGGGUCAGGUGACACGGGCGCAGGAAGCAGAGGAAAACUACGCCAUAAAGCGCGAACUGGCUGUAGUAAAGCAGCAAUAUUACACAGCAACUGAAAAUCUACAGAGUGCCCAGAACCAAAUCCGCCAACUACAAGAUAAACAGAAUGAUCCAAGGGUGACUUCGGAGUUAGUGUCCCAUUUGGAGUCAGAGCUGGAGCAGUCACGGCUAAGAGAAGCAGAGACUUUGGAAGGAAUGAAAGAAAUGCAAGAGAAAGUGGUAGAGCUGGAAAAGCGUAACAGCGCUCUUCCAGAUGAGAACAAUGUUGCGCUACUACAGGAAGAGGUCCAGGUUCUACGGAGAAGAGAGGCCCAGACUCUACAGGUUAUGCGUGAAGGACAGCAACAAGUGACUGAACUGACAGAUCGGUGGCAGGCCCUGUCUUCACGGGGAGGUGGCAUUUGGAAAGACUCGCCUCGUAAGAGUGCCACUGGGGACCUGCAGGAUGAAGUCAUGUCUUCUCGGUUACGAGAAGUCCAUGCUCAGAGCGAAACCCGUGAACUUCGCCAGAGGGUACUCAUUCUGGAAAGUCAGGAGGUGAUGCAUGAGAAACAGCUAUCCCGGCUGGAGAAGGAGUGUAAGGAGCUCAGAGAGAAGUUGCAAAGUGAGGCAGCACAGCACAAGGCCCUGCAAACCCAAAUGAACGAAGAUAAGAGGAAACAUGCAGUGACAGAGUGUAAGAAUAAAGAAGAGGUGAUGGCAGUACGGCUGAGAGAAGCAGACAGCAUGGCUGCUGUGGCUGAGAUGCGUCAGCGGAUAGCUGAACUGGAGAUUCAGAAAGAAGAGGGGAUGAUCCAGGGAAAGCUAAAAGACUCAGACUCCUCACAGUACAUUCGGGAACUGAAGGAUCAAAUUGAUGAGCUGAGACAUGAGAUUCUCCUUCUUCUUCGAGGUCACAAACCUUAUUCUGACCCGAGAGCCUUUGAUGGACUGCACCUCUCCUCCCAUUCAGGACGGGAGGAUGAAGACUCUCUCCCUUCCUCAGACGAAGAGCUUCUUUCUCGCCCUCUUGGAGCUUUGCAAGAUGCCCUCUAUCCUCAUUCACCCCACAAGUCCUGUUUCCUAAGGCCCCUGAGAAGUUCUGUCAGUUCUGACAGUGAAGAAGGUGUAGAAACCAAUGGAGCCACUUCUGAUACACCCCCUGAGCCCGCUGAAGAGGAAUAA